AUGGGUAAAUAUAGGAAAAGGUUCAACGAGAAGGCUCGUUCGGGGAUGCUUGCUAAGCAGGCUGCACUCAAAAAAGCUAGAAACAAGCAAUUUACUAGACAUGAAGCAGAUGGAACUGAUGAGGUAGUUAGUAAUGAAAAUCACAUUAAUACCGAAGAUCCAAAUUCAGAAAUACUUAAACCUUUAACAGAGGAGGAGAAGAGUGAGAGAAAGAGGAGAUUAGAGGAAAUGAUAUAUUCAGCAAACGAGAAGGAAUCGAAGAUGUCGAGGACAAAGAAAAAAAGGUUAGAUAAGUAUAUCGAGCAUCAGUUGAAGAGAGACGAAAAAAAAGUGUUGUUAGAGAAGUUGUCGGAAACAAAAAUGGAUCCUAAGCUCUUUGUUCCGUCCAAGCUAUUAGGGACAGGUAAACAAACAAGAAGGGAAGAGAUGAUCGAAGCAUUGGAACUUGAAAGACAAGGUCGUGGUGACGAGAGAACUAAAGAGAUUUUGUACGAAGAAAGAGAGGUGAAGGAAUGGCCUUCGGAUAUAGAGAUAAGUAAUAAACCAUCCUAUGAAAGUGAAUCAGAGGAAAGUAAUGGUGAUCUGGAGGAUGAAGGCUUAGAUAAGUAUGGUGACAACGAUUCAAUGUCCACUACAGGAAAUAAGUCUUCUUUCAUUGAUAAUAGACCUCUGAAGUUUGGAGGAAGCGGAUUUGGCUUUGGAUUCGAAAACUUACCUAAAAUUGAGAAACCAAAAACCGUCAGCAAAAAGAAAUAUAGUUGGAGAUUAAGAGUCGAGCAAGAUGACAAGAAGAAAAGCAAAAUUGAAGAUGAUAUGGAUUUUGCUAGCUCGAGUUCAGAAGAUGAAAAUAGUGAAGAAGAUGGCGAAGUGAAUAGUCAAAGUGAAAAUGAAGAAGACGAAGAUGGUGAGAAAAACAGCGAUGGUGAAACAGAAAGCGCAAGUGACGAAAAAGAAGAUCUUGAAAGUGAUGAAAAUGUUGACGGAGAAGAGGAAGAUAGCGAAGAAGAUGACGAGGAAGAUAGUGAAGAAGAAGCGAGCGACGAAGAAGAAGAAAGUGACGAGGAGUUACCAAGGCUUUUACAGUCUAAACCAAAGCAUUCAUCAACUGCAGAAUCAUUUAAAGAGUGGGCAGAAGCGCAAGUACGUAAAAUUGAAGGUCGAGAUGGUGAGGUUGUGAUGCCUGAUUUACCAGACCACUUAAAAGCUAAAUACUCGAAGCCAAGUGUACAUGAAGAAGAUUAUGAUCAUUCAUCAGACGAAGAAAAUUAUGUUCCCGUUAAUAAGGCUCUUAAAAGAGAAGCAUUUUAUGUUGAAGUUGAUCGUUCUCCCGAAAUUCAAGAACAAAGAAUGAAUUUACCAGUAUUUAGUGAAGAGCAUAAGAUAAUGGAAGCUAUUUAUCACCAUGACUGUGUUAUCAUUUGCGGUGAAACUGGUUCAGGUAAAACAACCCAAGUCCCACAAUUUCUUUAUGAAGCUGGAUUUGGUGACGUUAAUUCUGAUAUACAUCCAGGAAUGAUUGGUGUUACUCAACCAAGAAGAGUGGCAGCUGUUUCCAUGGCAGGUCGUGUUGGAAAAGAAUUAGGCGAAAAGCAUGGAAAAAGAGUAGGUUAUCAAAUCCGUUUUGAUAGUACUAUUUCGAAUGAAGGAACGGAAAAUGGAACGGCACUUAAGUUUAUGACAGAUGGUGUCUUGUUAAGAGAGAUGAUGGCAGAUCUUUUGUUGAAUAAGUACUCUGCCAUAAUCAUUGAUGAAGCUCAUGAAAGAAAUAUAAAUACAGAUAUUUUAAUUGGGAUGCUCAGUAGAAUUUUAAAAUUAAGAAGGAAAUAUCAUGAGACAGAUCCUAAGAAAUACAAACCGUUGAAAUUAAUUAUAAUGUCCGCUACAUUAAGAGUAUCAGACUUUUCUGAGAAUAAGCUAUUAUUUAAAACUCCACCUACAAUUUUAAAAAUAUCUGCAAGGCAGCACCCUGUUAGUGUUCACUUCAAUCGUAGAACAAAUUUUGAUUACAUGGAAGAAGCAUUUAAGAAAGUAUGCAAAAUUCACAGAAAAUUACCUCCAGGUGGUAUUUUAGUCUUUUUAACUGGUCAAAAUGAAAUUACUUCUGUUGUCAAAAAGCUACGUAAAGAAUUUCCUUUCCCAGAAAAAGCUAAAAGACAAGGCAAAAUAAAUUAUGCGGAUGAAAAUGCUCCAAAAGUUAAAAUAAGUAAAAACACUGAUGCUGAGGCAGAAGAUAUUGACUUUAGUGUGAAUAUUAAGAAGGAUAAUUUAGAGGAAAAUGAUGAUUAUCAGUCAGAUUCAGAAGAGGAAGAAGGUUUCGAAGAAUCUUUGGAAGAACACCAAACUGAUAAAGAUCCCUUGUAUGUUUUACCCUUAUAUUCCUUGUUACCUACAAAAGAGCAAAUGAAGGUAUUUCAAAAUCCACCAGAAGGGAGCCGUUUAUGUAUUAUUGCAACUAAUGUGGCUGAAACUUCUUUGACUAUACCUGGAAUUCGUUAUGUCGUAGACUCUGGGCGUUCAAAAGAACGUCAUUUUAAUGAAGAGACAGGAGUUCAGUCAUUUGAAAUCGAUUGGAUUUCCAAAGCUUCUGCAGAUCAAAGAGCAGGUAGAGCAGGUAGAACUGGACCUGGUCAUUGUUAUCGCUUGUUUUCGUCUGCUAUCUAUGAAAACUACUUCCCUCAAUUUAGUAAACCAGAAAUAUUAAGGAUGCCUGUAGAGAGCAUUGUUUUGUCCAUGAAAAGUAUGGGUAUUGAUCAAAUCGUGAAUUUUCCUUUCCCAACCCCACCAGACAGACUCGCACUUAGUAAAGCAGAGAAAUUAUUAACAAUUUUGGGGGCAUUAGAUAAGAAAAAUAACGUAACCGACUUGGGAAGAACGAUGGCCGUGUUCCCAUUAAGUCCUCGUUUUGCAAAAAUUUUGAUUGUUGGUAAUCAAAUGGGAUGUUUACCAUACAUUGUUGCAAUUGUUUCUGCAUUAUCAGUGGGCGAUCCUUUCAUUAAUGAACAUGAAUUGGGUAUUGGUCAUGUCACUCGUAAGAAAUCAGAAGAUAACGAAGAUGAAAGUUCUAGUGAAGAAGAAGACUUCGUUGAUGAAGAGGCUAAGAAAAAUUUGAGAUCUAAAUUUUACAAAUCUAGAGCAAUGUUUUCUAAGUUGGAUAAAUCAAGUGAUGGAUUACAAUUAUUGGCAGCAGUGUGUGCAUUUGAUCAUGUUCCAAAAGAAAAGCAUGGUGAAUUUUUAAAGAAUAAUUUUUUGAGACCCAAAGUAAUGGAAGAGAUCUUUAAAUUAAGAAAGCAAGUAACCAACAUUGUAAAAAUUAACACUAGCAAGGAUAGUAUUGGUGUCAAUUUAGAUGAAGAAAAGAAUUUGAAGUUAAGCGUACCUGGCAAAAAGCAAAUUGCAGCUAUAAAGCAGAUGGUUUCUUCUGGAUUUAUUGAUCAAGUUGCAAUUAGAGGUGAUUUAAUAUCGUCUGAUAUUGAUCUUCCUAACAAAACUAACGUCAUUAAUAUUCCUUAUGCUACAUUAUUUCCAAGCUCUCAGUUUGGCGACCAGGUUUCCCCAUAUGUUUAUAUUCACCCCAAUUCAAUUAUUACAAACUCUGGUAGCAUUCCAUCGCCUUAUUUGAUCUAUCAAUCAUUGAACUUGGGAAGUAAUCAACAAGAAGGAAAAUUAUCGAAAUUAAGAAUGAAACCGUUAGUUGAUAUUUCUGGGAAACAAUUAGCAAAUAUUGCUAAGAACUCCCUGUUAAUUACGUAUUCUAAACCAUUGGGCCACCCUUAUGCUCCUAAAAAUAUAACUCCAACUAAAAGAGAAUGCUAUGUCGUUCCAAGAAUUGGUGCAGCAAUUGGUGAUGGUGGUGUUGGUUGGGAUUUACCUGCAACAAAGGUCAUCCAGAUUAAGGUUAAUGGACUGUGGGUUAUUAAAAAUUAA